AUGGGCAGCAGCAAUAAUAGUUCAGGCGAUCGCUUUCUCAAUCAUCAAAGAUGCACUUUCUGCAGCAAGAAAUUCAAACUGCGCGAUAUUCUGAAGCUGGAGGAUCACCUGAAGACCGAAAAGUGCUCGGGUUGCGAUCGCACCUUCUCGUGCCAAUCGGGAAUGACGGCGCACCGGAAGUUGAGCCCCAACUGCGUGGCCAAAUAUCGAUGCAGCAAGUGCGAAAAGCCACUCUCGAGCAACCAGAAUCUGCAGAGACACACGAAGCUGCGGAAUUGUACCAAAUGCUCUGUCCAGACCGACUGCUAUCAUCAGUUUUGCAACCACUUUCUAAACUGCAACGGCUUAGAGCCCAAAUGCAUAUUUUGCGGUGAGAAGCAAGUUUCUGAGGCGGCUCUCGCGGAUCAUUCGCGCCCGUUCAAGUGCCCGAGGUGCGGAUUUGAGCAGCCGUGCAGCUCUCUGCUCGCCAACCAUCUGGAAUUGUGUCGAUUUGUCCUCACAGCGGAGAGCCCAAAGCCUAAAAGCUUGGAGAGAAAUUUGAAGUGCCCUGAUUGCAAGAAAAUAUUCAGCGAAGGAUCCGAGUUUGAUUCGCACAAGGAACAACACGCGCAGGAGGAAAUCGUCAUCCAGCAGCGAAUUCGCAAUUAUCUUUCGGGUGGCGAAACAGACGCUGCUCUUUUCUCCGAUAUUGUUGCCAGUUUGGUCAAAGUGGAAAAAGAUUAA